UCUCCUCUCUUCUCUCGCUCUCCUCUCUCUUGUCAACUGUUCAUUAUAUAUACAGACACAGAUUGAUUGAAUCGCAGGGAGGUGAGUUUUGAAAAAAAGAAAAUAAUAAUAAUAAUAAUGUAUAAUAAAUUUAUUUCUUACCAUUUUUUAACUGCUAUUUAUAUUCUUGCUUUAAUGGCGUUCCUUGCUCUAUCCCUUCCUUGAUUCCUUCUCUCAAUAUUUGCUUUUAUUUUUUUUGCCCCUUGUUAUUCUUUGCUCUCACAUGCAUCGUCUCUGAUACUUGUCUCCUCUCCCCAUCUGAGAUUUCUGCAAGUUUCUCAUCUGGGCACCCCUAAGAUUCAAUCUUUCGAAGUGGGUUUCUCUCAAAAUUGAGUCUUGCUUCUUGAUUUUGCAUGGGUUCAUCGUCCUAGCCUGAUUUGGGACCUUUUACCCUCAUUUUCUAAUGGCUGGAAUUGAUGUUUCCAAGUAUUCGCAUAGCCCAGUUCACAAAGCAGUCCUUGCCAGAGAUUAUUCUGGUUUAAAACGUACCCUUUCGUCUCUCCCUCGACUCUCCGACCCCUCAGCGAUCAAGACGGAGGCUGCUUCGAUCGCCGAAGAGGAGAAAGCUGAAGCAAUUGCAGCAGUCAUCGAUCGGAGAGAUGUUCCUAACAGAGAAACCCCUUUGCAUCUCGCCGUGAAGCUCGGGGACGCCACGUCCACCGAGAUGCUAAUGCUCGCAGGCGCAGACUGGAGCCUUCAGAAUGAACAAGGAUGGAGCGCUCUCCAAGAAGCAAUCUGUGACCGAGAGGAGAAUUUAGCGAAAAUCAUUGUUCGGCAUUACCAGCCUUUAGCUUGGGCGAAAUGGUGCAGGAGACUUCCUAGAGUUGUUGCCGCGAUGAGGAGGAUGAGGGACUUCUAUAUGGAGAUCACAUUUCACUUCGAGAGCUCGGUGAUCCCAUUUAUAUCAAGAAUUGCGCCGUCUGAUACUUACAAGAUAUGGAAGAGAGGAGCUAAUCUGAGGGCAGAUAUGACAUUGGCUGGUUUCGAUGGGUUUAGGAUUCAGAGAUCGGAUCAAAGUGUUUUGUUUCUUGGAGAGGGAUCCGAGGACGGGAAAGUAGCCCCGGGGACCUUAUGUAUGAUUUCUCACAAGGAUAAGGAGAUUAUGAAUGCUUUAGAAGGGGCGGGAGCUCAGGCUAGUGAAGCUGAGAUUCAACAGGAGGUAUCAGCAAUGUCACAGACCAACAUAUUUAGACCGGGGAUUGAUGUCACCCGUGCUGUGCUUCUUCCACAAUUGACUUGGAGGAGGCAAGAGAAGGCUGAGAUGGUCGGUCAAUGGAAAGCUAGGGUUUACGAUAUGCAUCAUGUUGUUGUAAGUGUCAAGUCUAGGAGAGUACCCGGCGCAAUGACAGAUGAGGAAUUCUUCUCCUCUUGUAACGAGAGCUCCAACGAGAAUGACACCGAGAGCGAAGAGUAUGAGGAUGUUUUGACACAGGAAGAAAGAAAGCAGCUGGAGAUUGCAUUGAAGAUGUCUCCGGAUGUUGCUGAAGACGAUCUUUCUGAUGGAUUUGUUGGCCAUAGGAACAGUCGCUACGAGAUUCCGAUAGAGGAUGUGAGUAGUUCGAGUAAUGCUGAAAGUAAACAAGACAGAAAGAGGUGGUUCGGUGGUUGGGGAAAGAGGGGAAUUAGCGCUAAUAACAAGCAAGAUGGGAAGAAAAUUGAGCCUCCAAGGAGCUCCCUUUGUGUUGAUGAGAAAGUGAGUGAUCUUCUUGGAGAUUCACCAUCUAGAAUACAGAAUACACCAGGGAGGCAUUCAAUGGAGAUACCCAUUAGACCGGAGGAUCUAAAAAGGGGAAGAGAGAAAGAUCCCAGAAAGUCUUCUUUGAGUUCAGAAAGUGGACAUCGACGUAAAGAAACUGGCAAGGAGAGUGAAUAUAAGAAAGGAUUGAGGCCUGUUCUUUGGCUUGCUCCUAACUUUCCCCUCCGGACCGAGGAGCUUCUACCAUUGCUUGAUAUUUUGGCGAAUAAAGUUAAGGCGAUUCGUCGAUUAAGGGACCUGCUUACGACGAAGCUCCCUCCUGGGACAUUUCCGGUUAAGGUAGCAAUUCCAGUUGUACCUACCAUCAGAGUCCUCGUCACCUUCACCAAAUUCGAAGAACUACAACCUUCAGAAGAGUUCUCUACCCCACCUUCAAGCCCCGGGGCCAAGAGCCCAACACCUCAAGCCCAAUCGACCUCUUGGCUCCAAUGGAUAAAGGUCCCAUACCGUCAAACUUAUACGACUGUUUCAGGGCCAAGCAGCCGAGUUGAGGACAUCCAAGAUCCUUUCUUGAUACCAUCAGAUUACACUUGGACAACCCCCGAAGCAAAGAAGAAGAAGAUGCAGGAGAACAAGGGGAAAUCGAAGAAGGGAAGAGGUCAGAACCACUGAAGUUUGUAUCGUCGGUUGAAUGUAAUCGUACGCCCCCAAGGGAAAUGUGGAAGUUCAGCAUGAGAUUCUAUUAAUGGUGACGUGUGAAACAGGUUGCCAUAUCUGGUAAGAAGUGGGUUUAACGAAUUCUUCUUCAGGGAUUGACCGCGUAAGAUCUCGGGAUCUAGCUGUAACCAAGAUUGGGAUGCGUCUAGAUUUAUUGGUGCAUUCUUUCUCAUGUUGAAAUUGUUGUAUACUACUACUACUACUACUUGGAAUUGCUUGCUAGUAUAUUAUUGACUUUUAACUGUCAAAGUUUGGUGUUCGUUUUAAGCAAGCUGAGUUCAAGAUUGUACGCCCGCGUUCUUCUGUGAGCUAAUAAUAUAUAUAUUCAUUGGGAUUGAUGCCUGA